AUGGCUUCGCUUGAUGCGUUCGCAGGGCGCAUCUUUACAUUUCUAGAGGCCCCCGCGGAACUGGCUCUGCGUAGCAGUGCCAGGGGGGCUGCACAGGCAACGCGACGCGGAUCCCUCCUCGCUCUCGCCAACCUUCGUGUGACGAAGGUGCAGGCCUUGAACUGGGCGAGAGAUUUUGUAUGUCCGGACGAGCUGCAGACGCUUUGCUGUGAUGACAGCGUGUUCAAGGACAUCCUGGGCAAGAUUGCGGAGGGCAGUCGGCCCAGCGCUCCCGGCGGAGCUUCGGAGAGCGACUCCGAGCUCAGUCAGGAGGCAGACGAGGAGGAAAGCUGCGAAGGAAACCUUCUUUUCCUGCUGUCUUGGUUCGCACAGGAGCAUAGAGCCGCCCCCUGGCUCCGCUGGCUCCUCCGUGCAGAGACCAGAGGCGACCGCUGGCAGCGAAGCCAAGGCUCGCCUCCACGCUUGCCUCAAGGUCGGCAUGUGAUGUCGCCGUUGUUGAAAGCCGCCGGGGCGGGCGAGGCCGAAUCGAUCCAAGUGCUGAUCGAGGCCUCUGCCGACCUAGGCUUUAGAGAUGAGAAUGAGUGCACAGCCCUGCACUGGGCUGCCGACAAGGGCCACCUCGAGGCCUGCAAGACGCUGCUUGCUGCAGACGCCGCCGUUGAUGCCGUUGACGAUGAUUCCUGGACGCCGCUUUGCCUUGCAGCGGAGGAGGGCCAUCUGGCUGUUUGCCGUGUGCUGCUCGAUGCAGGGGCAAAGGUGAACUUACCGGAGGAGGAUCUGCGCUCACCGCUCUGGUGGGCUGCAUGGAAAAACCACGUGGAGCUGGCGAAGCUUCUCAUUCAAUUCCGAGCCGACCUCGAGCAGCGUGACCAAUGGGGUUUUACCCCGGCACAGCUGCUGGCAGACGAAGGCAAGCGCCGCCCCAAGAUGCUGGGAAGUUGGCCUGCGAUGUACCGAGAAUGA